UCCCUCCCCGCAGGAGCCUCUGCAGGACCCCCAACUCGUCAGCAGCUGGGAAGGGUGUAGCCCUGCAGCCUGCUACAUGCUUCCCAGGCUGGAGAACACCAACACACCUUCAGUGUUGGUGUCCUUUGAAGAUGUGGCUGUGGACUUUACCCAGGAAGAAUGGCAGACAAUGGACAAUACUCAGCGGGCCCUGUAUAGGGAGGUGAUGCUUGAGACCUAUAACAAUCUGCUGUCCUUGGGGUACUCCAUGACAAAGCCUGAUGUGAUCUUCAAGUUGGAGCAAGAAUCAGUACCAUGGACAGUGGAGAACUCUGUCAAGCAGAGACUUUCAGGUAGAAGUUGUAUUUGCAAAGUGACCAGGUGA